ACUCUUUGCUCGGUCUCGGUAUUGUCUUGCCGUAAUCUUUUUUUAUUGAAUUUAUACAAAGAACUCAAAAAGUACACAACGAUGAGCGAAUUAGUUUGGGGAAUCAAAAAUGGAGAUAUAGAUCAAGUAAAACAAAUUAUAGAAAACAAGCAAAUUGAUGUCAAUGCCUUUAUAGAUGGUAGAGUUCCACUUCAUUAUGCUGCAGAUUAUGGUCAAACAGUAGUGUUGAACUAUCUAUUGGAUAAAGGUGCAGAUCCUAAUAUGGUGGAUAAACAUGGUAUAUCAGUACUUUUAGCUGCUAUUUGGGAAGGUCAUACUGACUGUGUUAAAACACUUUUGAAGAAUGGUGCAUCGAAAGAUGGCAAAACUCCUGAUGGCACACCUUAUAUUGAAGCUGCUGAGAAAGAAGAAAUCAAAGAACUGCUCACAUAGAAGUAAAUGCUUUAAACCAUUUCAUCACUUUGCUGACUUAUUGAUUUAUAUUUUUAUGAAAGCCAAGAUGAAGUAUUUGUUCUAGUGUUAAAUUUCAUAAGUGAUAACAUUAGUCCAUCAUAUAUUUUAUAUGCAUUUAUUUACAUUAAAAUUAUUUUUUUAUGCUCAACAUAUUAUGGUGUUGUAAAUAGCAACCAUUUUAUGUUUGUGAAUUUAAAGUGGUAAUUGCUUGAUAAGGCCUAUUGAUAAGACACUGUGUUGGCCCAGUUCCAUGAAAAUAUUUAAAUGUGUUUCUGUAGAAGGCCUUUAUUAUACAUUAAGUGAAGAAAGUGAUUCAUAGAGUCCAUCACCACAGCAUCCCCGUUCACUUUGGUUUUGAAACUAAUUUUUGACUCAAUUAAGUCUCAGAAUACUUAGCCAUUUCUCACUAAAUAUAUUGGUGAUAUAAGUGCAGGUGAAAAACAGGGACAUUUGUAUGCAUAUAAAACUUUAUAUACUUGGCAAUUUUUGUUUUAUAAUUGGUUGGUGAUAUGUAACUGAUAAAUUAGGAUCUUAACAUGUCAAGGCUUUAUUUCAAAUUUUAAGAAGACUGCUGCUGUGCUGAUAGACACGUAAUUCAUAUUAGCUUGUAAGUUACAAUACUUAGAUAUUGUAAGUAAUUUUUAUUGCAUAAAUGAAACAUAACAGAAAGGCAAGCUUAUAUUAUUUUCUUAUUUAACAAUGUAUACAAAAAUAACAAUGAUAUAUAGUAUUGCAUCAUUCAUCAUUGUAACUUUGGCAAAUAAAUAUUACUG